AUGCCAGCGCCCACGGGGAACGUAUGGGGAGCCAAACAGGGGAAAGGAUCAGGCCCCGCGGCUGCACCAGCUCAAGCGCAGCCCGACCAGCACGUACCUGUGAAGGAAUUCAAUGCGAACGAGGUCAGGGACUUCCUCAAGAAGAAAUACCUUGAGAGCACAGCUAACCAACCCUCGGUAUACCACAAGGUCCCCGGUGACUCUGUCCCGACCCGAAGCACUGGCGCAUGGGGCAAAGGAGGCACCAUGACACACCUCAUGCCGACCGGCCAGGACUUCUUCACACAGCUGAAGAAGCAGAUCGCCAGUCUCGAGCAGACCAAACCCGCGCAAUAA